AUGGGUAACCAUUCCGGUGUCAUCUUCCAUCCAGCCAGUGCAGCUCUACAUCUUCUUCUCCGGACCGCUAGUACUUACUACCAACUGGCCCUAGACCGUGAGAGAAAAAGCCAACCUUCGCGGAAACAGUCAGCACUGCUGUUUUGUGCUAGUGCCAGAAACUCCUGCUUGCUUGCUGAAAUCGAGCUCCAGAUAUCUGUAGAAUCUGGGCGAAUGUACGAGACCAAUGCAUGUUGGGACAUUGGAAGGGAGACUGCAUCCCCUCCCUACUUUCUGGCGGGUGGCAACCCCGUUUAUCACGUGAUCACGCGUCGAACCCGCCAGAAGCGUCCGGGGAUGCCUGGGGCCUUCCCGCUGUCUCUGGCGGGCACUAACCGCACUGAGCCCAAGGGUUCCAGCGAUCGUUCAGGGAGCUUCGAGCUUCCUCCAGCAGCUACUCCUACGAGC